UUUUCUCUGCGUCUACCGCGUAACUCAACAAUGGAGUUUAUAUUACAGUGUCAACGCGUGAGAUUUUAUAAUUUUACUUAAAAUUCUAGGGGAUAUAACAUACUUAAUAAACGCAUCUGUUUUCUUCAAGAAAUUAAACAAUAAAUUUGUAAAACACUUGCUUUUUUUUUACGAAAAAAUGUUCGUUCUCAUAUAACGCCAAAAGAUUACGUGGGUAUCAUAAUGAUGAGGUGACACCUGGUCCUGCCAUGCGGAACAGGUCAGUCACUGUUAUUUUCGGCUCUCUUGUUCUGUGGGGCUUGAUUACAUAUUUUUUGAUUUCUGAUCAACCAGUGUCUAAAGAACGGGAUAUAGCUAGAAUAUCAAAUCAGAUUAGUAAAUUGGAAAGAAGAGUAAAACAAGAAAUAACAUUAAAUCAGGAACUUCUUGAAGAUAUUAAAGAAGAUAAACAACAAAAAAAAAAAGUUGAUAUUAUAAAUACAAAUGCAUAUAAAAAACAAAAAGAUAUAAAUCAUGUGAAUCAAGAUAAGAUUUUUCUUGAAAAAGAAAAAGCAGAUACAGAAAAAAAUAAUAAAAAUGCUCAGCAAAUACAAAUAAAUUCUUUGUAUUCAAGUGAAACUUCUUAUAAUGUUCCUAUGAAAGGAAAGUUACUAGAUGGAUCUCCAAUAAUAGCAAUUUUGGUGUUUUCUUGUAAUCGUAUUACUGUACAAAGAUGCCUAGAUCAAUUGAUCAAACAUAGGCCCAGUAUAGAACAAUUUCCAAUUAUUGUCUCAGAAGAUUGUCAACAUCGACAAACUGCUGAAGUUAUUGCUAGAUAUGGAAAUCAAAUAAUACACAUACAACAACCUGAUCAAUCAGAUAUUGAAGUACCUCCAAAAGAGAAAAAAUUUAAAGGGUAUUUCAAAAUUGCACGUCAUUAUGGAUGGGCUCUUAAUUAUGUAUUCUUUCAACUUAGAUAUGAUACUGUGAUAAUAGUUGAAGAUGAUCUGGACAUUGCCCCAGAUUUUUUUGAAUAUUUUUUGGGCACAUAUCCUUUAUUAAUAUCUGAUAGUUCUCUAUGGUGCGUAUCUGCAUGGAAUGAUAAUGGUAAAGCUGGUUUAGUUGAUGAAAAAGCAGCAGAUGUAUUAUAUAGAACAGACUUUUUUCCUGGAUUAGGCUGGAUGUUAACACGUCAAUUAUGGACAGAACUUUCACCAAAAUGGCCCAAAGCAUAUUGGGAUGAUUGGAUAAGGCAGCCUGAACAACGUCGAAAUAGAGCUUGUAUUCGACCAGAAAUAUCUAGAACUAGAACAUUUGGAAAAACAGGAGUAAGCAAUGGAAUGUUUUAUGAAAGACAUUUAAAAUAUAUCAAACUAAACACUGAAUUUGUGUAUUUCACAAAAAUGAAUUUAACUUAUUUAUUAAAAGACAAUUAUGAUAUAAAUUUCGUUAAUGAAGUAUAUCAAUCAACGGUAGUAAGUUUUUCAGAAUUAAAAAGUGGAAAAGUUGUGGCACCUGGUACUGUACGAAUUCCUUACUAUUCUAGACAAGCAUAUAAAAAUACUGCUAAACAAUUUGGAUUAAUGGAUGAUUUUAGGAGUGGUGUACCAAGAACUGGCUAUCGUGGAGUGGUUACAUUUUUUUAUAAAGGAAGACGAGUACAUUUAGCACCUAGUGCAAAUUGGAAUGGUUAUGAUAUAACAUGGAGCUAACAGAAGAUUCAAUAUUAUAUUAGAUAUAAACAACUAAUUGCUUCCAAAAUGUUGAUUGAAAUCGAAUGAAUAUUUUAAUUACAUUGAAAAUAUGUGACACGAACGUUUAUUAGUUAUAAAGUAUUAUUACAAGUCGAAUUUGUGUCAACGAAUUCAAGAAUAACUUCUGCUUGUAAUUUUUCUUGUAGAAAAUUCCACAGCGAAAUUUGAAUAAGCAUUGUUAUGUAAUAAGAGAUUUGCAUAGUGCCUCAAAACUCAUACCCACCGUUUGUAUACAAAGUGCAAUGCGAUUAUGAUAUACAGGAAAACUACUUCAAAUAUGAACUUAAAAAUGUUAAAUAUGAUAGAGUAGUAUUCCAGAAUAUCAUGUUUAUAAAGUAUUGUAUACUAAAUUGUGCAAAAUGACUGAUAAAAAGGAUUUAGAUUAUUCAUGCAAUCUGGUUUUCAUAUUUUUUUUUAUUUUAUUUAAUAAAUCUAAGUUGAUAGUUUAUUAAUAAAUGUAAUAAUUUAAUUUCUUUCAGAAAACUUAAAAUUUUUUAACAUUUAGUUGAUUUUUAAUAAAUUGUUCUAUUUAAUUGUUCUAUUUAAUUAAUAAUAAGAAAUAAUGAUUAUCUAUUACUGUUCUCUAUUACAUGAAUAAUCUAAAAUCUUUUUAGCGUGUACAUAAUGUUUAUAUUAUAUCAGGUGUAUAUAAUUUAAAAAAUCCAAUGUUUUGCCAAAAUUUAUUUUUUUUGUUUAUUUUUGAAAUAUGUAAAAUAUUAUUUUUAAAUAAUAUUGAAAAAUCAAGAAACAAAGAUAUGACUUUAUUGAAUUGUUUCAAAUAUUAUUGAAAAAAAUUUUAUUGAAAAA